AAGAUUUAGUCUACAGCCAAACGUACUACCGUCAAGAACGAAACUUUUAACCAGUCGAAAAGAGAGAACGCGCUAAACGGUUGUAACACAGAGACCCCAUUGGUGCCCGCACAAGCCAGGGAAUAAACGAAGUGUCCGUUUACACGGGACAAAGUGACUGGUAGUAAAGUGAACAGUGGAAAACAUACAAAUAAAACGAAAUUAAAGUGAAAAAGAAGUUGAAAACUUAAUAGAAUAUCUAUCAAGGAGUCUAAAAUUAUCUAACAAUAUUUUCAAAUAAAAUCAGCCUAACAUUAACCUGGAUAUAAUCGACAAAUAAUUGAAACUCCCCUCACAUGGAUUUAUUCAAUGUUCCCUUUAAGUUUAUGGCACAUUUUUGUCCUGUUUUGCCAACGCCAAAGGGAUUACCUUAGAGAUUUACAAUUUCAAUAUUUGUGUGCAUAAGUGUUUGUAUUGGCAUUCGUCUUCGCCGGGAAUAAACAGUUUAUGUUAAGGAAUUUCCCUUUACACUGACGCACAUUCGCUACGACAAGGGGAACAACAAGAAUUGUUGUGGGAAUUAAGACCCGAAUAAAAAAAAAGUUUUAUGUUUUUUUUUCGAAGUCUAAAAAUAAAAUUUGAUUGUGUGCCAAAGUUUUGUGUUAAUUGCCAAAGUAAAUCCCAAAGAUAAUACCAUCAAUACAAAUAAAAAUUUAUUUACAAUUUAAUGAAAUAUUGGGAAAUAAACAAGUCAGGUUAUAAAGGGUAAACCAAUUAAAAUUGAAAAAAAAAAAACAGAUAUAUAAAAAUUGAAAACUAAAAUUAAUAACAAAAGCAAAAACCAUAUAGAAUUGAUUUGAAUCAUCAAAACUAAAUAAUUUGAAAAUAUUUUUGAAAUAAAUAUUAUAUGUGCCAAAUGUAAAGGAUGCCUGUAAAGGAAAUAAUUUAGGAUGCUGACUCGAUUUUAAAAGCAACAAUGCUGACGACAAUACCAACAACAACACCAACCACCAUCAGGAUAAUACACAAAGAAUAAAAAAAAUCAUUGAGGCCAACAAAACCAUGUCACAACUGAUGGCGCUAACAAUGAAAAGCUAAUAAAAGUUUGUCCAAAACAAAAAAAAAAAAAACAAACAUCAAUAAAUGCGCUUAAAAUAUAACGAAAAUAAUAAAGAAAAUCUCAAAAGGAAAUAGGAAAAUCAAGCAGGAACUUGAAAAGAAUUCGCAAAACAUUUAACAACAACUAAAUGAAAAACGUGAUAGUAUUUCAGGACGACAAACGUUGGCUAAAUUAAAAGCCAAAAAUACAAGGGGAUAAUAAUAAUAAAUUAUUGCUUGUGUGGGCGGAGAGAAAAACGGAGGGAAGAGUAAAAGACAACCCCUGCCGCCAGUGGGGAGGAUGUGAUAAAACUCGAAGGAAAACAAGCAAAAUUGAUGAUAAUUUUAAAUUAACAAAUGUUAAUGAGCUUCUUGAGUUUCAGAGUUUAUAAAUCUCAAGGAUAUUUGUCAUCAACAUCAUCGCCCAGGAACCAACAGCAGCAGCAGCGAUUUUUUUCAUUCUUAUUCCGUAUUUGUGAAUUAAUUGAAAUUUCUUGUAGAAAAAAAAAAACUACCCUGCCAACCCCCCCAAGAAAAACGUGCAAGUAUUUAAAGCAGAAUAAUUUUUUCUCUUAAUUUUUGCCUGGGAUCAACGCUUAAUAAAGCCCACGGAGACAAGGAGGUGGAUGUUCGGUGGUGUUUUAUUUUUUUCCUACUUUUCUUUCCCUUGCCACGACGCUGCAUACUUUGAAUGUCACAUUACUUGAGAAACGUGACUUACAUUUUAAGGCCAUACCAGUUGUAGUUGUUCUUGUUGCUGCUGUUUUCUUUCGUUUUUUGGCAAUUACCUGCAGACGCGUUAAUGUCAAUCAGUCAACGAGCAGUCUGCCAGGAUCCGUGGCACAGCUGGCAGCAUUAAGCCCAUACUGGAAUUUUUACUAAUGAACAUCACGUCAAGUGAAUAUUCCUGCAAAAUUAGAAAUUCUAGUCGCAGUACAUCAACACAACGCCAAAAAACGGCGGCUGGGCGGACAACCAACAACAGCAAAAAGCUUUUUUUGCCUCACCUGAUAACCUACAAAGAUAACCCAAAGGAACCAGCAGCCAAAGACGAGAAUUUAUGUCAAGCUUAUAAAUAAAAUGUUCAAUUUAAAGUAAGAAGCACACGGAGAAGAAAAAGAGGCAGAAGAAGAAGAAAUAAUACGUCAAAUUAUUUUUGCACCAAAGCCAAAGACGACGAGCUUCCAAAAAACAAAAACAAGAAAAAAGAAACACCUCUUGGUUUAUUGCCACCAACCACCAACCAGCCAGGCAGGCAGGAAAACAACAGCUCACAAACUGCGAGUGUGAUAGACGACCACCAUCCAAGACGUACUACCCAAAAGCACCCCUAGCAAACAUGUCAUUUAAAUGCCAAAUUUUUAGAAAAAGAUUGACAGUCUUCAACAAUGUCCUUGAACUUAGCUGUGAUGUUAGAAUAAUAAUUUUAUGUUAUUUUAUUAUUGCCACCGUAUUGCCAUCAGACAUCAAAUGUGCCAAAUUACCAAAUCCCCAGAUACGUCUGCUUAUCAACGACGAAGAUUUGCUGCAUGAGAAAACAUCGAGGCAUGAAGCGGCUGCGGCAGCAGCGGCGGCGGAGGCGGAGGCAGCCAGUGCCCAUCAUGCCGACAACAGCGGUGAACAUUUCAAUUUAUAUCGCAGCGAACUGAAGCGGCUUUCAUAUGAGACCAUACAUCGCAUUUUGCGAGAUGAAAAUGAGCCCAGCUAUCGCCGAGAGGAAACGGAGUUGCGUUACUACCAAAAACGCUCACCACCAGCCUAUGAGGAUGUUGGCCAUCAGCUAAAUAAGCGAUCUACAACCGACAAAGAAACCCAACAGCAGGAAAAUAUUGCCCUUAACUACAGCAAAAGAAAUCUACAGAAAUUUGUGAUAACAGAUCAAUUAGCCAAGGAACUGGCCCCAGCAAGUUCUCUCGAUUUGAGCGAUAAUCAUUUAUGCUCUCUCAAUCUGACAUUUAGCAAUCACCUGCAGUCACUGAAACUUUCGAACAACUCCUUUACCGCAAUACCUAUCACAGGCAAAUCUCAAUUGAAAACGCUAAAUCUCAACAGAAACAACAUCAUUUCUCCAUCUUCGCUGGAGUCCAACAUAUAUCUACGCCAGUUAUAUCUAUCCAAUAAUGGUCUCGAAAACAUUUUACCACUCAACCUAUCGUUGUUGAAAAAUCUAGAAACUUUGGAUAUAUCCUGCAAUAGCUUGAAAAAUCUCGAAACUUCCUUCUUUCCGGAACGCAUGCAUAAUUUGAAACACCUGAAUAUGGCACACAAUCAAUUGGGCGCCAUUUAUCGGGAAACAUUCUACAAUCUCUUGAGUUUGAACACGCUGCUGUUGGGGCACAACAACAUUACGGAUAUUGAUUAUGAGACAUUUUUGGCUCUACCCAAUCUACAGUAUUUGGAUUUAUCCUAUAAUGCCCUGAAAGGAAAGUCUAUACGUGCUCUACAGGGUAUUACGGGAUUGGUUGCACUAAAUAUUGCCUAUAAUCCGGAAUUGGGUCCAUAUAUGCAGGAAUUUGUUGCAUCAUGGAGCCUAAAGGAAUUGGAUGCAAGUGGUACGGGUUUGUGUCAGAUACCAGCAGCAUUAGCCCAGUCGGUGAGAUCGCUGAAGCUGACACAUAAUUGGUUAAAGGUCAUUAAUUGCGGCGAUUUGGAUAGCUAUCCGCUGCUGCAAUAUUUGGACUUAUCACACAGCCAUAUUGAACAAAUCGAGGACGAUGCUUUGGGUCGCUUGGAAAUAUUGGAAAUUUUAAUGUUGGACCACAAUAAUUUGAAGAAAAUACCCCAGAGUUUGCCGGUGUCAUUGGAACAUUUGUUUUUGCAAUACAAUAAUAUUAUGGACAUCCAGUCACAAUCCUUCCAGGGUCUGACAAGUUUGAAGACCCUUGAUUUGUCGAACAACAAGUUGUUGUAUUUGCCGGACAUAACCUUGCCGAAGCUGCAAACUCUUAAUUUACAAUCGUCGGAGAUACGUGGUAUUAGCCAGGGUAUAAUUCAUACCCUGCCAAGACUUAAUGAGUUGCUGUUGGAAGAUAACCCAAUUAAAUGUUCAGAUCUGUUGGGUAUAGCCGAAUGGGCCAGCACCUGUCGUUUGAGGACAAAUAAAGAGGAAGAGGUGAUGGAAGACUCCGAAAAUGAUGAAGACUCCGAGGGAGGUAAUGAACGUGGCAGGAAUUUAAAAGACAACUUUAUGAAAAUGUACAAUUUCUAUGAGAAAUUUGGUGGGGAACAAUGUCCAAGAAAUUCAAGUCUAAAUAAAUUUAUACCCCAACCCAAGUGUGCCAUUGACAAGAAAAUAAACCAAUCCAACUUGCAGUUGUCGCUGCCAAAGAAAAUUACACUUGAACGUUCUCUUGAAGUUGAAAACUUUAAUUUGAACUCCAUCAUGGAUGAAGCCAUACCACUGCCCUCCAAAAAGGCCGGGCAGCAGGCCAUAGCUUCUAAUAAGAUCCUAGCUGCAAGUGCGGGUGAGGUCGAUGUAAAAGCAAUUACAACAAAUGAAAUGCCAGUCCCAAUAACACUGGAAAUGAAAAAGAAUGGAAAAGAAGAAGAAGAAAAUGAAAUGCCAAGAACAACAACAACAGCAGCUGGGACACCAACUACAUUGCAGUCAACAUUAGCAUCUGUGGAUAAGCCGCAAGAACAUUCCAACUCGGCAAAUGCGAGCAAAGAAUUCAGCGAGAUGGCAAAGGCCUUAAUCGCCACAAAUGCAGCUGGAGAAAAUGCAACGGGCCAAGACAGAGAAGAACAAACAAUUGAGGACCAAAGAAAUUCCAAUGGUGAAAUGAAUUCAAGUACAACUGAAACUAUGAGAGAAUUUUCAUCACAGCAGCAACAAAAACAACAACAACAACACAAUAUUGUGGGAGCUACACAAACAUUACAGGCAACUUUACUACCAACUGCCAAUCUGCCGGAAAUAUUAAAGGAAAAUAUGAAAGAAAAACCGGGCAAAGAAACUGCACAAGGAAAUUUAGCAUUGGCGGCAGACAGAAUGACAGACGAAAUUCUGAGAGCAACAACACCAACAAAUCUACCAAAAACAACUUCCGCAAUGGCAAUAAAUUUAACAAAAUCGCAGGCCAUCACUGGUGGUAUGGCAGAUACCAGCAAAGAAAAUGGGGAGAGGGAAAUGACAUCGACAACGACAACAACAACACAGCCAUCCACUCCCCCAAUGUCUCCACUUUCCACAACAACACUGGCCACCAGGCUUGCGAAUGUCAAACUUAAUAAAGAACAACAAGAAAUUAAAACAGAGAUUGGCUUAACAAAAAAGAUUAAAUCUUUGGAAAGCAGCACAACACAAGAACCAGCAGUAGCAACGACGAGAACAACAACAACAACAUCAACCACAACAACACCAACAACAAUAAAAGGCUUAUCUCCACCCAAAAUGACAUUAACAAGUUCUGCUACUACGCAAACGGACAUUUAUGCAAAUAUUAACACCCAAAGUAAUGAACAGAGGAGGAUCGAUGUAACGACCAGCAGCAGUGUGGCAGAAAAUACAGCCGAAGCAAAACAACAGCUAAAAGAGGAUAGUAUUACAACAACUGCUCAACAACUCAGCUCUAAACCGCUUUUAACAAUGGCUAAAGAUAAGGAUUUAGCAUCAAACAAUACCAUUAUCACUGCAGCAGCAGCAGCAGCUACCCACAGCAAUAACAAUUUUUCAAACAACAACAAUGACAUGGACACUGAUGCUCAAGAUGACAACAAUAAAAUGUCCAGCGCACUAGAAAUUACGACAACAAUUACACCGAGGAACAAUGUCCAACAAUCUACAGCAACAUCGCAACAGCAUCACUCUUGGUCGUCCACAAUAACCUCACCAACCCCCACCUCCAACAUUGUGUAUCAAACUAUCACAACUGAGGUAGAAAAUUCAUCAAUGACAGUGACAGCAUCUCCAUCGGCCGUACCAUCAUUAGAUGGAAAUGAUGUCAAUGAUAAAUGCCUGCAAUCGAAUGCGAAUGGAUGUGCAGACCAAAGACCGCAAAGACAAGACAAGUCAAAUGUUAUUGGUAAAACGCCAACUAACCAAACUAGUCAUGAGCCAGAAGAAUACGACGUAGAGACAACAACGACAGCUGCUGCAACAACAAUGUCAACAACAUCGAGCAAAGCAGUCGUAGUUGCAACCACAACUGCCACACCGGUUGUACACAAACAUGAGCCACUGCAACUGCACGUCAAGGACCGACAUUUGAUAGGCACACCAUUGCUGAUGCAUAAAGGCGACAAUCUUAUGGUGGCCACUGAUGAACUCAUAAAAGCCAACCCACAGGACUCUGGCAAGCGAAGCACUGGCACAACAAGAACAACAACAACUAGUACACCACCAUCAACUACAACUUACGGAAUGGCAUCGACAGCCGCAGCAGCAGCAACAGGACCACAAACUAUGAAAACUAUUUUGGCCAAAAGCCAACAUUCUACAAAGCCAUUUAAGAAGAAUCACGACGACGACGACGACAACGUCAAUGACAUGCUUAGCCUGCGCCACCAUCCUCAGCAUGAACCUUUCGAACACAAAGGAGAGACCAUAAAAGUAAAGGAUUAUUCACUUUAUGCCAAGAAAUCAAAUAAUGCUGAUAUGGCGAAGACAAAGAAGCCCUCAUUGAUUAUGAAGAAAAUGACCAUCGUGACCAAACAGCAUGAGGUGGUGAUUGCGGACAGCCCAGCUAGUGCCACCACCAGCACAACCACCAUUAGUCCUUUGCCAGAUGCCACCAAUUCUGCAGAGAUGGUCAAUCCCCUAAAUGAAAGGCAAUUUUCCGAAAGACAUUUUCAAGAAUUGAGGCCACAACACAACAAUAUGGCCAAACACAGCACCGUCAAUACGCCCGUCAACGGCAACAGACAGCAGGCCCAUCAUCUCAUGCAUGAGCCCCAAACAUUUCAGCAUGAACAUGAACUAUUAAUGCAGCAAAUUUUACAUGACGAACAACAGCAGCAGCAACAACAACAACAUGAGAAACUCUCCCAAUCGGAACAGUGGUCAGAUCUAAGAAAAGCCAACAACAAAGACAACCAUCCUGGUUUGAUACUUUUGGUCUCAUCGGGCCUUUUUGUGGUGCUACUGUUGGGUCUCAUGCAUGCCUAUCGGUGUGAUGUGCCCUGGCGUCGAUCCUCUCCAGCCCACCACCUGAGGCCCCACCAACGGCACAACACCUCGUUGGAUGAUGAUGUGCACAGUUUCCUCAGCUACAAUGAGGGCAUGCAAAAAUGGCAUCACAGCACACGCCUGGAGGCACCCUACAGUUCGCCGCUACACAAUUUGCACGUUCGUGAACUGCAAAAAACUUCAGCCACCGAAAAACCAGCCACCAUUAAAACAUCCUCAUCCUAUGCGGAGACAAUGGCCGCAGCAACAAAUCGCCAUCACAUUCUGCCGCGUAGCAAUUCACAAUCAUCCAGCACCACUACCCGAACAACAUCGCCCUCAUCAUCGGCCAUGCUGGACGAUGAGACAUUUUACAUUGAAAUGACACCUCCUGCCGGGCAAUUGGCCCAAGCAUUGCAUUCCGAGCUACUGCCCAUGGAACUACUCAAUUUGGCCCAAACAAAAACGUCCGACAUCAAAGAGACAACAGUGGGUGAUCUGCAGACCUCGUUGCAGGACGAUUGUGUUGUGCUGACAACGAGUCGCGGCCAACACAUAGCGCCCUCCUACAAGGCAUCAUCGUCCAUGACAAUGGGAACAACAACAGCAUCGUCGUCGUCGUCGUCACAUCGUGAUCUUUUAAUUUCAUCAACGCCACUGGCGUCAUCAGCCGCGGCAGCAACAGCAGCAGCAUCAUCGUCAGCAGCGUCAGCUUCAAAUAGCCAAAAACCGUUGUAUAAUUCAAGAAAGUUUGGCUUGUGGUGACAAACACUGUUACAGCGCCAACAACACUAUGCACCAUUUCAAUAAGAACAUUCAAGAAGAGAUGCAGCGCAGUCGGAGCCGGGAAAGUACUGAUGUGCUCAACCAUUAUAAACUGUUUUGUAAAGUAAUGCGAUAAUUUAUAUAAUUUCCUAUUCAAAGAGUCAAAUAUUGAAUUUCGAGAGAGAGAGAGAGAGAGAGAGGGAGAGAGAGAGCGAAUUGAUUUGGAGAUAGAUGUUUAUAUUGUUCGAUGCAUGUGUUCCUUCCGACGAAGAAAUGGCAGAUCUUUGCAGUUCCUUUUGAAACUAAUACAAGUAAGAAGACGUUAUGUUCGGACGGGCCGAAUUUCUAAUACUCUCCACCAUUGGAUAAAGAAAACAUUUUUAUGCAUUUGGAUAAAGAAAACAUUUUUAUGCAAGAGUAUCUGUACUAAACUACAAACUCCAGUAAAAUGGGUAGGAGAAUGUUUGGAUCCAUAUAACAAGGCCAUACUAAAACGGGAGCCUACAUAGACAAUUUCAUACUACAACUAGUGUAAUCUAUUGUGAGUCUUAAAUACCAUUUUUUUUAAUAAUUUAGUGGAUAAAUGUGACUAGGAGCAAUAUGGACAAUGUUCCGACGCCGAUUGUAGUACCCAUUAUGGAGUACAAAUACAAAAUUUCACACAAACCUAAAUGUGGCAUAAAUCGUCACAAUGUCAAAUAUCCAAUGGAACUGCUGUAUGUGCGCUAUAGGAAAACGUGGACCUAGAUAUUCAAUGUUCUGCCACCGGAGUUAGAACCCAUUAUGAGCUAAAAAAUACAAUUUUUUAGACAAAUCCGUAGAAAAAUGUGGGUAAAACCUUUAAAAUAUCUAAUAUCGGGAGGUACCUGGGCUAUACGAAAACGUGCACCUACAUGUACAAUGUUCCUCCAUCGCAUCUAGAAUCCAUUACGAACUACAAACAUCAUUUUUAGGCAAAUCCAUGGAAAAAUGUUAGAAAAAUGCCGAAUAUCGGAAGGUACCGUUAUAUGGGGGCUAUACGAAAACGUGGUCCUCUAUGUGCAAUGUUCCGCCACUAGAGCUAGAACCUAUAACGAACUAAAAUUACCAAUUCUAGACAAAUUGGUGGAAAUAUGUGGCUAAAACUAUCAAAAUACCGAAUACCGGGAGGUAUCGUUAUAUGGGUGAACCGAUAUUUUCAAUACCAACCAUCCUAGACACAAAGCAAACAACGGUGCCAAAGCUCUACGUCAAAUAAUGUGAGCUGCAUCGUGAUUUCAACAGGCGGACAGACAGACGGCCAUCGUUAAAUCGACUUUAAAUUUUAUGCUGAUCAUGAUACUUUAUGGGGUUUAUGACGGUAUUUAGAGGUGUUACAAACGGCAUGACGGGCCCUAUUCUGUAACUUUUUUACAACUUUAUUCAUUGUUUAUUUUUUUUGAAAAAAAAAAUGUGUCUGCUUUGUUAUACCUUAAGCCAUAUGGCUACAGAGGGUAUAUAUCAUUUGAUACGGUCAAAACGUGCCUAGUCUAAAUAACGGUUUCAGACCCUAGGUCUCUUUGGACCAAAUCCGUUUCAGAACAUUUGGAGUCGAUUUACCGAUGUCCGUCCGUCCGUCCGUCUGUUUGUCUGGCUGGUGCGCACGAUAACUUUCGAAGGAAGUAUCCGAUUUGAUCCAAACUUGGUAUAUCGUAAUAUUUUUGUCAAACUUAGAUCGAGUUCGGAGAUGGGCAAUAUCUGUCCACUCCUUCUGGUACCUCCCACACAAAAUGUCAAAAUUUUCAAAGAAACGAAUUUAUUGCACAGAAAAAGAAAGGAUAGUCUUCAAAUUUCACACAUCCCAUUAAUUGUAUUAGACCAAGGUCUGGAGUGAAAAUGGAAUGUAUCGGUCCACUCCUUCUGGUACCUCCCCCCAAAAGGUAGAAAUUUUCAAAAAAUAUUUUCUGCACAGAAAGAGAAAAAUGUGAUGUAAGAGUCCGAUAGUCUUUAAAUUUCACACAUCCCAAUAAUUUUAUUAGCCCAAGGUCUGGUGUUGACAUGGAAUGUAUCGGUCCACUCCUUCUGGUACCUCCCCACAAAGUGUCGUAAUUUUGAAUAUCCAUGAAGCUCAUAAAACGUCAAAUUAACAUCCGAUUCCAUUUAGACUUGGCACAUCUCAAUAUUUCCAUCAACAAAAGAUCUGUUAUAAAGGUGGUAUAGAUCGAACCACUUCUUCUGGUACCUCCCCCAUACAUUGGGUUCAAGAUUUUGAAAAACAAAACACUCAAAUAAAGCGAAAUAAGCAUCCAACUCUCCUCAAAUUUCACACAUACAAAUAUUUUUGCCAACACAAGAUCUGUUGUGAAGUUGAUAUAAAUCUGGAAACCCCUUCCGGUACCUCACCCACAAAAGGUCACGAUUUUCAAUAAUUUUAUGUGUCAUAACUUUCGAAACAAUUUAGCAAUUCUUUACUACUUCCUAUGCUCAAAUGUUUCUCUCAAUAAGAAGCCUGAUAUGAAUAUGAAAUUUAUAGGAAUUUAUGAUUUCGCAUAAAAUUGGAAAUAAAUAUCCUUUCUUGUAAUUUGCCCAAUAUUUCGCUCAAUAUUUUUUAUUUGUAUCAGAUGAAGUAUAAAAAUGGAAUAUUUCGGUAGACUCUAUCUGGUACAUCACGCACAUUUUAACAUUUUCUAAAAAUUAUUACAUAUCUCAUAUAAAGUGAAGGGGUGAGUCGAUAUAAUCCAUACCAGGAACGUCGGAAUAUUUAUAUCAUAUUUUUGGGUCCGAUACGAAAUGAACAAUAUUGGUUCAUUCCUUCGAAACCUGCUCCAUAGAGGGCCAAACGUUUGAAUAACACUAGUCAAAUAUAUUUCGAUUAUUUAAUCGAACAUAGGCUGAGGGUAUAUAUCUGUCGGCAAUACCGACUGAUACUUUUUAAAUUGUUUGUUUUUUUUUACAAAAAAAAAAUAAAUAAAUAAACAACUACCAAUGUAUCGAUAAAAUUUGCAGAGUAGGUCUAUAGGACUCCAGAAGUUUUUUUUUUUUUUUUUUAAAGACUUAUGUUUCAAGCGCUUCUAUAGAUUUUCCAUAGUUAUGAGGUCCUCGUCUAGAACUCCCACUGCAAUAAGGCUUUUUUAACAUAUUUUAUUCUUUUUGAUGAGAAAUCGUCUAAGAUUCCUCCUCUACAUAUGAAAUACCUAUAUUCUUGAAUAGAUUAUAAAUUGUGACUCUUUUAGAAAUUUCGUAAAAAAAAUGUUAAUCAUUGGAAAUAUGUUUUUAUAUACAGAUGUACUUUGUACUGCCGCUACCAUAACAGAGAUGCCAAAUUUUUAAUGAAACCAAUUAAGACAAAUACAAUCAAUGUUAUUAAAAAUAAAAGAAUGGAAUGUAAAAAACUCUUCAGAAAAAAAAAACUAAAUAUAUAAGAAAUAAGAAUUUUUAGUAGGACAACAGUGUAGAAAGUUCAAGUCACAAGAAAUAAAAAAAAAACAAAAAACAGAAAAACCCAAACCCCUUGAAACAAUAAUUUUUAAAUAAUAAAAUAGAUAAUAAUUAAAAGCAACAAAAACAAUUAAAAUAAAUCCAUUGUAGUUUAAGAUGAUUCCAUUUUGUGUACAAAAGAAAGAAGUUAAAUAACAAUAAGAUAAUAGCAACAAAAACAACAAGUAAUAUAUUUUAUUAAAAUAGAAAUAAAUAAAAAAACUCUAGUCCUAGAGUAGUUUUAAAUUAAAUUAAACUAGCUUAGUUUUAUUAACAGAAAUCAUCAUUUCUUUGUAUGUAUAUAGCAACUUCCACUUCCAUAAUGAUAAACAACAAGGCCUUCCAUAUUGCCCUACUGCAUCUAUGUCUUCUCUUCCAUUUAAUCCUCAAAAAAAAUACUGUUUUCUCAAAAAUCCAUUGUUGACAAAUCCUUUCCUUAAUCCUCCCCCCAAUUAAUAAUAGAACACAGCAGACAUUGAUAAAGAAAUAACACCAAAUAUAACUAAAAAAAUCUUUUUUUAUAUCCUGUCUAUUUUUAUUAUAAUUUAAGGAAUUUUGUCUUCAUUUAAGUUUAACAACAAACACAUGACAAAAAAGAAAAAACAAAUCAAUGUUCAUAAAAUUAAAUGCCAAAAAGCAACAACAACAAGAAUGUAGUUUUAACAUUACUUUGUAAAAAAAAUAAAUUCAAAUGAAAAUGUAGCCAAAAAUUUUUGAUGAAACAAAAAACUGAAAACCAGCAACAGCCAAGUCGUCUUAGGAAGAAUAAAGUCAAAUAUUAAAAAAAGAUAAAAAACAAAAUCCCAUAGAGAUUAAGAAAAAUAGUUUUAGUCCAUACAUAUUUAUGUAUAUUGAUAUGAAGAUGAUGAUGGUUUAUCUUUAAAUUACAUCUAAUAAAGAUAAACAAGAUGCAAAUUUAUUUAAAAU